CGGGUGCGGCUCCGACGGCGCUGGGAUGGGGGUCCCGGCAUCAGCGCGGUCCCAAGCCUUUCUCCCGGGAUCACCUGCUGGCCCUGCUGCUUCCCGGCGGGUCCUCUUGGGCGGCGAGCAUCCUCAUCCCGCGGGCUGCGUUUCCUCCGCUGGAUGAUGGGGGUCAGCAUCCUGCUCAGUGGUCGUGCGAGUUUGCUGAGACCGGACAGUGCUACCAUCCUGGUAGCUCUGUGGGUGAUUGCUUUGAGCUGCAGACCACGAAGUGUGUGGUUCAAACCCACCAGCCGAAGAAAGAUGAGGUGUACUAAAAGAAGAAUGGAAUUCUUUUUGUGUGAUAAUAUUUUGCUUAAUUGAAGAUCAAGGUCUCAGCCUUUCCCUCCGAAAAGGAGCAGAAAAAUGACCAAGUUACAGGAAGCAGUGACAUUCAUGGACGUGGCUGUGGUCUUCACCGAGGAGGAGAUGGGGCUGCUGGACUCCACCCAGAGGACGCUAUACAGAGACGUGAUGCUGGAGAACUUCCGCAACCUGCUUUCUGUGGGGCACCAACCCUUCAAACCAGACCUGAUAUCCUGGCUGGAGAGAGAGGAAAAGCUGCUGAAUGUGGAGACAGAGGCGCAAAGAAAUGGGCGUUCAGAAUGCAAGAAUCAGCAUAAGACGGAGCCUAUUCAAGAAGUGGGAUUAAAUUACUUUUGCUUCAGAGAAAUCUCCCCCUGGAAGGCCUGGCAGCAGGAUGCAAGCACACUAACCAGGUGUCAAGCUUCCCAAGGAAAUAUUUCAGAAGAUAACUUUCCAUCACAAAACCAAAGUGAUUCCUGUUUCCAGGAUUGGGCAGGAAUACCAAUUCAGAUUUUAGCUGAGAACUACAUAUUGGCUCAUAAAAGGAGUGAUUCCAAUUACACAGAAAACAAAGACUUUCCUUCUUGGAGAGGCCUGCAUUCUUGGAAGAAAAUGUAUCUGACAGAGCUACACAAUUACCAGCGUAGAUGUCAGCAAAGUCCCAUGAAAAGUCAUUUCUAUCAGUGUGACAUCACUUGGAACCCUAAUCACGAUGACAAUCUGGGAAUACGCAAACCAGAAAAAAAUUACAGCUGCCAGGAUUGUAGAAAAGAUAUCAUGAAGGUAUCAUUUCUUAAUCAAAACUUACUUCCAAUGGAACAUAAGCCCUACUGGUAUAAUAAGUAUAGGAAAGCCUUCGAUGGUGACCCCAGCUCACCAGUUCAUCAGCAGUUCCACUUAGAAGGGAAGCCUCCUAUGUACAGCCAGUGUGGAAAGGACUUCAGUUUGAGCUCCGUUCUCAGUAUUCAUCCCAGAGGAGAUGGCUGUGCUAUGGAGCGUUCACACCUGCAGUCUCACCAGAGAAGGCAAACAGCCGAGAAACCUCACAAAUGUGAGGAUGGUGAGAAGUUCAGUCAGUAUUCUCACAACACUGCUGAGCUGUCUCACAAAAGAGAGAUGUCCAAUAAAUGCAGCAUUGGUGAGAAAACCCUCAGACCCAGGACAGAUCUUAAUAGUAUUUUGAGGGUCCAUACUAGGGAAGAACUCCACGAAUACGAGAAUGGGUGUGCUUUUGAUCAAAGCCCUUGUCUUCAGGCUCAUCAGAAAAUACACUCUGAAGAGAAACUCCGUGCGACUGCAGAGUGUGGGGAGAGCUUAGUUUGUUAUUCAAAUCUUACCGUUCACAGAGUUCGCAUGGAAGAGAAUCUCUGUAAUUCUAAGGAAGUUGAUGAUGACGUCAGUCUAGCUUCACACUUUCAGGACCUUCAGAUAGUCCACACUAAGGAACAACCGUACAAACAUCAUUCAUACGGUAAUGGUUUCAGGCCAAUUCCCUUUCUUCAGGGCCCUCAGGAAAUCCACAUUGGAGAGAAACCAUAUAAGAAGUAUGCAAAUGGCUUCCAUUGGAGUUCAAAACUUACAGAGCAUCACAGAGUCGACACUGGAGAAAAGCCGUACAAAUGCAAUGCAUGUGGCAAAGGCUUCAGUCAUAAAUCCAUCCUUAAAGUUCAUCAGAGAGUCCACACAGGGGAGAAACCUUAUAAAUGUGAAGAAUGCAGUAGGGAAUUCAGCCGGAGUGCAUACCUUCAAGCUCAUCAGAGAGUCCACACCGGAGAAAAGCCAUACAAAUGUGAGGAGUGUGGGAAGGGAUUCAGCCGGAAUUCCUACCUCCAAGGCCAUCAGAAAGUCCACACGGGAGAAAAACCAUAUAAGUGUGAGGAAUGUGGGAAAGGCUUCCGUCGGAGUUCACACCUUCAAGGCCACCAGAGAGUUCACACUGGAGAAAAACCAUACAAAUGUGAGGAGUGUGGGAAAGGCUUCAGUUGGAACUUCAAUCUUCAGAUUCAUCAGAGGGUCCACACAGGAGAGAAACCUUAUAAAUGUGGAGAAUGUGGAAAGGGUUUCAGUAAGGCCUCCACUCUUCUGGCCCAUGAGAGAGUCCACACAGGAGAGAAGCCAUACCAAUGUGAUGAGUGUGGGAAGAGCUUCAGUCAGAGAUCAUACCUUCAAAGUCAUCAGAGAGUUCAUACUGGAGAGAGACCGUAUGUAUGUGAGGUGUGUGGGAAAGGCUUCAGUCAGAAAGCAUAUCUUCAAGGCCAUCAGAGAGUCCACACAAGAGUGAAACCAUAUACAUGUGAGAUGUGUGGCAAGGGCUUUAGUCAGAGUUCACGCCUUGAAGUCCAUCACAGGGUGCACACGGGAGGGAAGCCAUAUAAAUGCGAGGUAUGUGCAAAGGGCUUCAGUGAGAGUUCACGCCUUCAAGCACAUCAGAGGGUCCAUGCAGAAGGAAGGCCCUAUAAAUGUGAACAAUGUGGUAAGGGUUUCAGUGGGGGCUCAAGUCUUCAAGCCCAUCACAGAGUCCACACUGGGGAGAAGCCAUACAAAUGUGAGGCAUGUGGAAAGGAAUUCAGCCAGAGAUCCAACCUCCAAGCACAUCGGAGAGUCCACACAGGAGAAAAACCAUUUGAAUGUGAAGCAUGUGGUAAGGGUUUCCGUUGGAGCUCAGGUCUUCUGAUUCAUCAGAGAGUCCACAAUGAUAAAUUCUGUAGAACUGAAGGGUGCAGUAAGGAUUAUCCUUUAUCUGAGAAUCCACAGCAUAGAAAUGAAGAUUCUGUACAAUUGUAGUUUGGGGGGUUUGUUUCUAAGUCUUCAAAUGGGAGCUGAAAUUUCCCAAUCACUAGAAGUCUUAGUUACCAAAACAACAAUAAAAAAACUAAAUUUUC